CAAACAUCCGAUUCCGAUCGUCUUCUAGCGCCCUCAGCGAGCGUCACGGGCAUAGUAUAGAACUAACAAAAACGUAGAAUUCGCAAAAUGGCGGAUGGAGGCGUGGAUAUAGAUUUAUACGCCGAUGAUAUUGAAACAGAUUUUAAUCGCCAGGAUGAGUUUGGCGGUGAAAAUGUGGAUUUAUACGACGACGUGAUCGCCGCACCGGCAGCAAAACCAGAUGAUGGCGAUGGAGCACCGAAUCCGGCACCGCAGCACCAGCACCCACCGGAGGAGACCAACGGCAACGUCCCGUAUCACAACAACGCGCAGAACCACGGUCAUCAUGGCCGCCGUUUUCAGCUUUACGUCGGCAACCUAACAUGGUGGGCGACGGACCAAGACAUUGCUAACGCCAUCGCAGACAUUGGCGUUACUGAUUUCCAAGACGUGAAGUUCUUCGAGAAUAGGGCGAAUGGACAGUCGAAGGGGUUCUGCGUCAUUUCCCUCGGCUCUGACCCGUCCAUUAGGAUGGUUAUGGACCGCCUGCCCAAGAAGGAGAUUCAUGGACAACACCCGGUCGUCACUUUACCCACUAAACAGGCCUUGAACCAGUUUGAGAGUCAGUCUAAGACUAGAUCUACGCCGCCUGGUCCCAACAACCCGGGCAUGAGAGGACCGCAUCCGGGAGGACCGCCCGGUCCUCACCCUGGAGAUUUCUUUGGCGGUGGUCCAAAUGGGCCUGGGCCGAAUGGACCGCGCAUGAUGAUGCCUGGUGGACCAUCACACCAUCAGCUGCGCGGCCCGGCGGGCGGGGCGCAUGGGCCUCACGGGCCCCACGGUCCCCCGCACGGCCCACCCCACCACCUCCCUCAGCACCAGGGCCCACCACCGCAUCAUAUGCAGCAUCAAGGGCCCCCACCACAUCAGGGGCCUCCGCCUAGAGGGCCUCCAAUGCAGUUCCAAGGUCCACCACAAAUGCAGCGCGGCCCAGGUGGUCCCGGUGGGCCAGGAGGUCCAGGUGGCCGCCCAGGUCCGGACUGGGGCCCUCGCGGGCCCCCGCAGCAGAUGCCUCCGCACCCCGCGCCUCAGUACGGGCCCCCGCAGCACCAAAUGCCUCAUCAAAUGCCGCCGCCGCACCCGGGCGGUGCAGGCGGGCUGCCGCCCGGGCACGCGGGGCUGGCGGGCGUGCCGCGCGGCCCCGCGCCGCUGCCGCACCACCCAGGUAUGCCCCCCUACCCAGGCGUGGGCGGCGGGGCGCCGGCGCCGCACGUGAACCCCGCGUUCUUCGCGCAGCAGCCGCCCGUGCAGCCCCAGCCUGCCGUGCAGCCGCCGCCGCAGCCCGGUCCGCCUGGUCCGGGAGCGCCGUACGGUCACCCCGGGCACGGAGCACCGCCGCCGGCGCAGGGGCCGCCGCCCGCUGCGCGACAGCCUUACGGAAGGCCGCCACAGAACUACCCAGUGGGCGGCGAGGCGGGCCGCGGCGCACACCACGGGCCCGGCAUGGGAGCGCACGCGCCGCACCCCGCGCACGCGCCGCACGCGCCGCACGCGCCGCACGCGCCGCACGCGCCCCACGCGCCGCACGCGCCACACGCCGGCAUCAGCGAGGCGGAGUUCGAAGAAGUCAUGGCGCGGAACCGUACUGUCUCGUCCAGUGCUAUCGCGAGAGCUGUCAGUGAUGCGGCGGCCGGCGAAUAUGCGAGCGCUAUUGAAACGCUCGUCACCGCUAUAUCGCUUAUUAAGCAGAGCAAGGUCGCUCACGACGACCGCUGCAAGAUUCUAAUCUCGUCCCUCCAAGACACGCUCCACGGGGUAGAAACCAAGUCGUACGGCAGCGGCGAGCGCUCGCGCCGCUCCCGCUCGCGCGACCGCGACGCGCGCGCGCACCACCGCGCCCCGCGCCGCCGCGAGCGCUCCGCCAGCCGCUACCGCGACCGCAGCCGCGACAGGGAGGACCGAGACAGGUACAGGGAACGGUCGAGGGAACGCGAUCGCGAGCGCGACCGCGAUGCGUAUUACAGGGAUUACCGUGAGCGUGAACGUGACAGGUCUCGCUCCAGGGAAAGGGAACGUGCUGAGCAUUACAAUAGGGGCCACAGUCGCGAAGAGAGUUCGUCCACCAGGCCUCGCAAGUCUCCGGUGGAGCCGGCGGCGGAGAGCGGCGCGGGCGACGCGACGGGCACCAAGAGCCGCACGGCCGCCGCGCCCUACUACGACGAGCGCUACCGCGAGCGACGCGAGCGCGACCCGCCGCCCGCCGAGCGCGAGCGCGAGCGAGACCAUCGCCGCGACGCCAGGCACUAGGCCUCCGCCCUCACACCAGCACUACCUAGUCUCUGAGUACAAUACACGCGCCGAACCACGGCUCCGUGGUAUAUUAGUCAAGCAAGCGUAGAUACCUUCAGAACACCUACAAAGGCUAGACCCGCCCGCUUGGACCUUUAAACCUUAUUACAAAACGUGGUCUAAAAAAGUGCCGGGUUUAGUACUAUGUUCAGAACCAUAACUUUGUUCGAGACGAAGGUUUAUACGUAGUAUUAAAGUCGGUACUUUUUUUAAGACCACGUUUUUUAAUAGGGUGGUAAAAGUCGACUAUCGUAUGUGUAUAUUGUGUCUUGUGAACAAUUUGAUGGCAUGUAACAUCUGGUAUUAUGUUAGUAGUCUGAUAAGGGAGACAGGGAUUCAAUUCACAUUCUUAUAAUUAUUCUAAUCUUUCUUGAAUUGACAUAAUCUUUCCGAAAACAUACAUGGAUAUGUACUCAAAACCAGUAAGGUAAUACCUAUUCGGUAUGAAAUAUUGUGUAUUUUAUAUUGAAAAAAUCUAGUGUAUGUAUGAUUGUUAUGGAAAGUGUAGAGUUGAAAAACUUUUUAUUGCAAUAGCAAUUUGUACUGAAAUAACUUGACGUUGUAUAUUUUUUUCAUUAAAACUUAUCUCCAAAAUACUUGGAUCGUAAGCAAUAAUAACCAAAGGAUUUAAUAUUAAAAUCCGAAUUUUCUAUUUUAUAUUAGUUUUAACAAUAGAAUUGCUCUACCCCCACAUAAAAUCAAUUUUGUUUAUAAAUAAAAUAUACAUGAUAUAAAAUUUCAUUUGAAAAUAAAAUCCUAUAUUACUUCACAGAUGUUGGAUAAAUUUGACAUUCCAAAAUACAUUUUGCAUAUAUGACCAUAAUAUGAACCACAAGUUCUGUGAAUUUUCUGUAACCGAUUUAACUUUAAGCCAUGCGUUUCCGAAACUAGCGAAAAGAUGAUAUUUAUCAUUUUAUUAUAAAGGAAUACUUAAUUUCGUUGUUUUUGUUGAGGUUGUCAUGGAUUCAAUUUAAAUCAUAGUCAUCUUAUAACUAUUUUCCUGAUGGUUAAAUCAUUGUUUUAAUAGAAAAUCUAUCAGUAAGACUAAGGUUAGUCAUGUAAGUUUUAAGAUUCUUGUAUGGAUUGUUCCAUAUGACUAGAUUAUGACACUGAUUUAGCAGUUAAUUUAAUAAAUUGAUGUAAUACAUGCAA